GGCUCGCAGGAUGGGGGAGAAGAUGGCGGAGGAGGAGUUCUCCAACACAACCCAUGAAAACUUCAACUUCACCCUUCACACCACCCUGGGUGUCACCACAAGGCUGGUGCUCCCGACACCUGCCAAGCCCAUCCUUCCGGUGCAGACAGGGGAGCAGGCCCAGCAGGAGGAACAGUCGAGUGGCAUGACCAUUUUCUUCAGCCUUCUCGUCCUAGCCAUCUGCAUCAUCCUGGUGCACCUGCUGAUCCGGUACCGACUGCACUUCCUGCCUGAGAGUGUGGCUGUCGUUUCUCUAGGUAUUCUCAUGGGAGCAGUUAUAAAAAUUAUAGAGUUUAAAAAGCUGGCAAAUUGGAAGGAAGAAGAAAUGUUUCGCCCCAACAUGUUUUUCCUUCUCUUGCUCCCACCCAUCAUCUUUGAGUCAGGAUAUUCACUGCACAAGGGGAACUUCUUUCAGAACAUCGGCUCCAUCACCCUCUUUGCUGUCUUUGGAACGGCUAUCUCUGCUUUUGUAGUAGGUGGAGGAAUUUACUUUCUGGGUCAGGCUGAUGUAAUCUUUAAACUCAACAUGACAGACAGUUUUGCAUUUGGCUCCCUGAUAUCUGCGGUUGACCCAGUAGCCACUAUCGCAAUUUUCAAUGCACUGCACGUGGACCCUGUGCUCAACAUGCUGGUGUUUGGAGAAAGCAUUCUCAACGAUGCAGUCUCCAUUGUCCUAACCAACACGGCUGAAGGUCUAACAAGAAAACAUAUGUCGGAUGUCAGUGGGUGGCAAACGUUCUCACAGGCCCUCGGCUACUUCCUCAAAAUGUUCUUUGGCUCUGCAGCACUUGGCACUCUGACUGGCUUGAUUUCUGCAUUGGUGCUGAAGCACAUUGACCUGAGGAGAACACCUUCCCUGGAGUUUGGCAUGAUGAUCAUUUUUGCUUACCUGCCAUAUGGGCUGGCAGAGGGAAUCUCACUCUCAGGCAUCAUGGCUAUCCUGUUCUCUGGCAUCGUGAUGUCACAUUACACACACCACAACCUCUCCCCAGUCACCCAGAUCCUCAUGCAGCAGACCCUCCGGACAGUGGCCUUCCUGUGUGAAACAUGCGUGUUUGCAUUUCUUGGCCUGUCCAUUUUUAGUUUCCCUCACAAGUUUGAAAUUUCCUUCGUCAUUUGGUGCAUAGUACUGGUACUGUUCGGCAGAGCUGUCAACAUCUUCCCUCUGUCCUACCUGCUGAACUUCUUCCGAGAUCACAAAAUUACCCCCAAGAUGAUGUUCAUCAUGUGGUUCAGUGGCCUUCGAGGGGCCAUCCCCUAUGCCCUGAGCUUGCAUCUGGGCCUGGAGCCCAUGGAGAAGCGACAGCUCAUCGGCACCACCACCAUUGUCAUUGUGCUCUUCACCAUCUUGCUCCUGGGAGGCAGCACCAUGCCUCUCAUUCGCCUUGUGGACAUUGAGGAUGCCCGGGCACGCCGCAGGAACAAGAAGGACGUCAACCUCAGCAAGACUGAGAAGAUGGGCAAUGCCAUUGAGUCAGAGCACCUGUCUGAGCUCACUGAGGAGGAAUAUGAAGCCCACUACAUCAGACAGCAGGACCUCAAAGGCUUCAUGUGGCUGGACGCCAAGUACCUGAACCCCUUCUUCACACGGCGGCUGACACAGGAGGACCUCCACCAUGGGCGCAUCCAGAUGAAAAGCCUCACCAACAAAUGGUAUGAGGAGGUCCGCCAGGGCCCGUCGGGUUCUGAGGAUGAUGAGCAGGAGCUGUUCUGAGCCCACGGUGCUCUAGGCCCAGAUGAUGAUGCCUCGUGCAGCCUCCUCAGAACACGGGAUGGUAGGUUGAGGACUAGUCUUAGCUAGGAAGCCUCAGGCCCUUGGAGAGUGCUGACUUUGGGAAUAUGACUGGCCUCCAUGGCUCACGAGCCAGACCUGCCCUGGUGUUGUUUCUGGGCCUGCAGAGGAGGGCAGCAGCCAGCCUCCUUCCUGCUUCUGUGCCAGACCCAGAGAAAACUUGGGAGGCUGGCUUGCUCAGCUCACACCGUGCCAGGACCACACCUUCACACCUCUGGAGCAGCUGUUGGCAGGCACAUCUGUUUGUCUCUGCAUUGUCAAGGUGCCUUGGUGGUGGUGGCGGCGGCAGCAGCAGCAGUCUCAGGCCUGGUGCCAAAGCUGAGAGACUUUAAAAGCCCCACAGUCCCUGUCCUAUGUCCCCAAAAAGAAAGGCUGAAGGACCUUUUUCUUGCCAUGGAACUGGCACCUCUCAGGCCUGCCUUUGGGCAGACAGCUGCAGCCCUCCUGUGGGCAUACUACAAAUGUUUACACUGGUGCCUGGUAGGGAUCAGCCUGCAGGCUUCUAGGAAAGGUGUUGACCUAUCCCCCGGGUUUGGAUGGACUAUUUUCCGAAGAGACAAAGGGGGUCUUUUGACCCUGGAAGCACCGAAUCCUUGGGGGCACCUUUCCCAAGUGUCGGAGCUACUUCCAUAUCCUCUCUCCUCUUCACCACUGCCUCCUCCCUCACCUUGUCCUCUGCCCUCCGUGCCAGGACCCCAGAUCUCCAAGACACUGGGGCAGGGGCCAGAACACAGCCGCUGAGGCCAGGGCUCCCUACUCCAGCCAAUUGCCUCUUGGGAUGCCUGUGACUUUGGGUCACACAAACACACUCCCAUGCAUGUGUCAGUGUAAGGCGUGCUGGAUCACACCACAGGCAAUGGUUACUGCCUGAUGUCCUCACCUGCCCUUUUAUAGCUGCUGCAGUCUCCCCUUCCAUGUCCCUUCAGCAACUACUCAUGUGGCCAUAGUACUUCCUUGCACCCCAGGUGGCUUAGUUGUUGUGUAUGGCCUUGUCCUCACAAUGGGGACACAGUGGGCCUGAGUGGGCUAGUUGCAGGUGUUUCCCACCUCAGGUGCUAUGGUUCUGCUGUUAGAAGACAGCUCUCCACCUCACUUGCUGCAGAAGGUGGCAGAGUUGGAAGCGUGUAGUUUGUUUCUGUACAUAAGGUCACUUAUCCUUGGCAUAGCCAAGAUAUGGUCCUCUCCCUUGUCUCUCACUUUAACCCUGGAGCUGGAGCCACCCGUGGCCUUGUGUAAUUGGGGGUGAGACUGAGGUCAGGCUGGAUUCUUCCCUUUCCAGAACUCAGGCUCUGUCUCUAAGAUGGAAGUUGCUUUCCAAGCUCAGUGCUUUCUUUGAGCAGUGAGGCACCGGGAUGUCACUUACUCAGCCCUUGUCACCAGGUCUCUGACACAGCACUCUUGGCCAAGACAUGAAGUGAUCUUCUGGGAACUUGGUGGGAGGACUGUUGUACCAGCCCUGAACGCCAGCAGGCACCUCUGCCCCUUCCUGGGGAAUGUGGGCUUAGCAGCUGGGAGAGUGCCCAGCCCUGAAGGGCCCAUGGCCAGGGAGCAUAGCUCUAGAGGGAUUUCUCAAAAGAGAAACAAAUGGUUACCACCACCUUCUCAGACCAGCCCAUCCUGUUGUGUGCAGCGGUGGAUGUGUGUGGUAGAAGAGGACCCAGUUGUACUGCAGAUUUCAGGUCUAGGCCAAGGGACAGGCCAGCUGACCACACAGAAGGUUAUACUUCAGAGUGAGGGGCAUGGCUGCCCUUGAAGAUCUGGCACUUUAGCCAGUGGGCAGGCCCCACCCUGAAGUUCCUGGUGGCACAUCCCUGCAGUGUGUAUGAGCCAAUUUUUGGGAUCAGUGACCUGCUUUCUGCAGUGUUAAGGUCACAGGGUUCCUCCGAACAGCCUCCAGCACUUUGGGGUGAAACCUGACAGGCUGACGGCCUGAUGUGCAGAUUCCUUUCUGUGCAGUAGAAUGCCAAGACUGAGCAGAGAAACCUUCUUAAAAACCACCCUAAGGACUACUAGGUCUACAUGUCCAUGGUAGGUUCUGAGCUGGGUGGCUGCUGCCCAGACCCCUCCCCCUUAGCUGUGGAGGUACAGCUGUUCCUGGCUCCCAUGUGAGGAGCAAUUCAUUAGCUGUCUGCCAUCCAUGAGGUUUCAAAGAUGCCACAUGGAGACAGGAGCCCUUCCCAUUCUCUCAGAAAUAGCAGCUUGAUUUCUCUGCUGGCUGGUGCCCAGGAAACCAGGUCCAAGCGGUGGCAGCGGCAAGUCACUGGGUUCUCUCAGGGUCCCAGAGCCAGGCUGUGUUACCGAAAACUGAAUGGUAGGAGGCUCCCACCUGUCCACCCAGUUUCAGACAAGGGAGGUGCUAUGGCCCCCUCACCGAGGCACGAUCAUGUGCAGUCAUGGUGGGACAGGCCACUGUUGGUAGCUGUAGCCCUGAUCUCCAGCCAUGGUACUGGGUGGGGACUGGUGGAGUCCCCUACUUCACCAGAGAGAGGCUAAAGGCUCUCUUCACAAGCCUGGGUUCCUUUCUUCUCUGACAGUGGAAGGUUUUGGAAGAGCAACGUUUCUGUUCUUUGGGGAGGCAGGUGGGAGCCAUGUGUGUGAAGUUCCUGGGACCUGAGGGACCCUUUGCUGCUUUCUGGAAGGGGCCUGGGCCUGAGCAGUGCGAAUUGUGUCACUCUGCUGGAGCCCCCCCUCGCCUGCCUCCCUCCCUCCCCUCACCACCUCCCUGAAUAGUUAGAAAUAAAAGGCUGUGGA